UAACGGGGACCCAGUAGAGAGAAACUGUUUACGCAUUGAAGUGAAUGAAGAAAAGCCGUUCUACCGUUGGCCGGACUUUCUCCUCCGGCGUCGAGGAUCUCUGUGGUUGAGAGAGGAAUCAAUCACACACCAUGCCAAUGAGGCACCUCAACGCCAUGGCGGCUUUACUCAUGAUGUUCUUUACUCUCUUGAUUCUCUCUUUCACUGGCAUUCUAGAAUUCCCGUCUGCCUCCACUUCGAUUCCACAUCCGAUAGACCCGGAACGGAAAUUACCUGAUUCCGACGCCGCGGUAUCAUCGGAUCCAUUCAGCGAUGUCUUCGUGGCUUUUAGAAAAUGGGACUCGCGAGUGGGUUGUGCUCCGUUCAGGGAGAAUCAUAAGGAUUCGAUUCGGGUUAAUGUUAGUUCGGGUUCUCUACAAGAAUUCGGCGGCGUGUCGGGUUGUGGUAAGCUUAAGAUGAAGCACGUUAGGGUUUUGGUGAAAGGGUGGACUUGGAUUCCGGAUAAUUUGGAAAAUCUAUACUCUUGUCGAUGUGGGAUGACUUGUUUGUGGACCAAAUCACCGGUUCUGGCUGAUUCACCUGAUGCUCUGUUGUUCGAGACGACAACUCCUCCGCUACAGAGACGUGUUGGAGAUCCUCUCCGUGUGUACAUGGAGCUAGAGGCCGGAAGAAAACGUUCAGGCCGUGAAGAUAUAUUCAUAAGCUACCAUGCCAAAGAUGAUGUCCAGACAACUUACGCGGGUGCUCUCUUUCAUAAUAACAGAAACUAUCAUAUCUCUGCACAUAAAAACAAUGAUGUUCUGCUGUAUUGGUCUUCUUCUAGAUGCCUUCCUCACAGAGACCGCCUCGCCAAAAGCCUCCUAGAUCUGAUUCCACACCAUUCCUUUGGCAAGUGUCUAAACAAUGUCGGUGGCUUGAACUCAGCACUCUCCAUGUAUCCAGAAUGUGUCGCCGAGUCCAACGCCGAGCCAAAAUGGUAUGACCAUCUCCACUGCGCUAUGUCACACUACAAAUUCGUCCUUGCAAUCGAAAACACAGCCACUGAGUCGUACGUGACCGAGAAGCUUUUCUAUGCGCUAGACUCUGGCUCUGUUCCGAUCUAUUUCGGAGCCUCUAACGUUCAAGACUUUGUCCCGCCUCAUUCCGUGAUAGACGGUAGCAAAUUCGGUUCUGUGAAGGAAUUGGCAGCGUACGUGAAGCUGCUCGCUGAUGAUCCCGUGGCUUACUCCGAGUAUCACGCGUGGAGACGGUGUGGAGUAAUGGGGAACUAUGGGAAAACUCGUGCGGUGAGUCUCGAUACGUUGCCGUGUCGGCUUUGCGAAGAGAUUAGCAGAAGAGGAGGGAAGAACUCUGGAGCUUAACGAGUCACCGGUUGUGUCGGAUUGUUAUAUUCAGAGUUGUUUUAUGUUAAUGUGAUUUCAUAACAUGUAUCUGUUGUAUGACAAGUUUUUUUGUCCUCUAUAGUCUCACACCAGAAAGUAAAUUCAUUACAAAUCAUGUGAUUAAGGGACAAAAA